UUCUGCCUUGAAUAACCUUCACGCGUCGUACCGCCAAUCCGGAAACGGGGCUUUAAAGCCGGGUCAUAUACCUUUUGAAGUAAUACAGUAGUAAUCCUUACUGGAAGACUAGCCUUCCUCGAAUGUGACUAUGAUUGCUGGCAAAGAAGCAAUUCAAAAAGAAGUAAAGAGAGAAGUUGGCGUCUGGCGGUCAGUGGAAUGGGGUGGCUACUUUGUAAAAUGUGAAGUUCACAUAGGAUACUGUGCCUAUCUACCUUAAGGUAUUAUAGGUAGUCGUUGACUGGGCACAUCACGCCCUGAAGAGGCAGCUAAACAUAUACCAAAGUGUGCUGAUUUAUUUGCGUGUGCUCAAAACAAUUCAGAAGAGGCUAUGGAAAGAGAAAAAUGCACAUUUCGUCCUAAUAAGUAGCAAGGAGGAGAUAUGACAUCCCAACUAAGGUUUGGAGUGUGUAUAAGACUUAAAUUGAAAAAUAGAGCUCUGGAAGUGAUCUCACUGAUCUCAGUGAUCUCAUUUGGGCGAGUGGGUGCCCGUUGUCUUUGGCGGGGCAUGCCGGACAUUUCCCGACGAGCGCGUGUUCCUGUGCACGUCCAAACUUGGACCUUUCUUCUUGUACCUAACAGCAACAUAUCAACAGCCUUACAACAAUUGGGGUCCUUGUAUGAAGUGAUGAGGACCUCAUGACACCAUUUAUCGAUACUGCAUUGCUAUGUCAAGCCAGAUUGAGCCCAAUGUCGCGUUGGCGACGCGUUCUGGGAUUCUCACACCAGCAUCAGACAAUUCACUAAACCUCAGCGAUGGCGUGAGCUUUGGAGGAAAGAAGCGCAAGCGGGAUGGAAAUACUAUGGAAGAUCUGCUGGGAGACAAAUUUGUUGUGCGAGUGAGUACGGACUCUCCUUGACUAGCACGCAGUGCUGAUAUGAAGUCAGCCAUAUCCCUCGUCUGGCUUUUUCAAGUCGCACUCCCUCCAGCCACUAAUGCUGUUGCCACGAUCCAACCUUCCGCUCUCCUAUAUCGACAUACUCUCCACUGGCAAAGGUUUGGCCAGUUCGCGGCUGUUUGAAACUCAUGUCAAGAUACUGGAAUUAGAAGAGAGGAUGGGAAACCAGCCGACGGUUUUGAUAGCAAGACUCGACGAUACUCGAACACUGUACGCAGUGGAACGAGAAAGCCGAGGUCUCUACGUUCUACUACAGCUCGGUUCAUGGGUAAAUCUGCAGGAGUUGAAGGCGGCAGCUAUAGUGUCGAGGCAAGAGUUGCCAGACCGAGCAGGCCUUCAGCCCUCUGUGGACUUGCCUACUGCAGCCCCGGAAGUAAACAAGUACAGCAAGAAGAAGCGCUUGGCAAUCGAAGCUAUACAGUCCAUGGUGAAGCGGCCUUCGACCGGUCUGUUGACGGAAUCUCAGUCAGACUCGCAAACUCCAGUUGUUGAAUCCGGACCAGAGCCAGUCUUUGUUGACUCUCCCUUGUCAAUAGAAGGGAGAACUGAUGGGCAAGAAACGACCGCGGCAACGAGCACCACAUGUGUCCCUCCAGCUCUUUCCAUGGAUGAGGUCGCUGCACAACCUACAGCAACGGAUAUGUUUGACAAUGUUCGGACAUAUUACCUGGAGGCUCUGUAUCUUUCGAAGGCCUCAUUAGCAUACUUCGCCAAAGGACCUUUGUCUCGGGCUCGAGCUGCAUUCCACCUGGACUAUGAUUCCAAUCUCGACCUAAACGAUCUUAUCUCAUUUCUAGAGAGCAUGGUUAUGUCGAGUACUCUCCUGGAAAAAAAGUAUCGAGAUGGGGUUCCGACCUGUGUCUCUCUGAUCGAUGUCCAUGACCACACCGCAGACGAGGCAGCUCAAGCAGGCGGGAAACCCAAAAAGAAGAGGGCUAGUAAGAAGAUGAAGCUUGGAAAGAACGGACUCUAUCCCAACGAGGAACCCCUCAUACGGCAAUGGUGGGCAACCCACGAUGAUGAUACCGAUACAGGAGGGCCUGGUAGUUCUCGUGACGAACUGACUAAGACCCGGAUCUCUCAACUACGGAUUCGAGAAACUCAACUCCAGAUGGUUGUGAUCCUCGAAAUUCUGGCUCUUCAGCCCCUGGCAACAUCAACAGAAGAUAUUGGAGAGGGGUUGCCUACCGCCUUGCCAAGUACCGAGGCGGUGGGCUCCAAAGAAAAGCCCGCCAAAUCAAAGAAAGCCGACCAUCUCACCAUGCUCCUAGAUGUGCACAUCGACAGAUUAUGCAUAUGGCAGUCUUUGGCCAUUGAGUCCAUGAAUGCUACUCCUGUGGAAUCACAAACCACCUCUGACCUGCCUUUUGGUCUUUCUAAUCAAACAAAGCAUACUGACAAUAUUCUCCGGGACUUUUGUGUUGAAGUGAUUGCACCAUUUUUCCAAUCGCGUCUUCCUGAUCGCUGUGCAGUCAUAAAUCGAAAGCUUGGAGGUCCAGUAGUUGUCUCGCCUCCAAAGCCAAAAGUCAAGUCUUCCAGCUUCUCCGGUGCUCCUUCGAGGCCUGGUGCUGCGACGAAACGACCUGUUCCUGUGAAGCCUCGUCGAAGCCUGAAACGGGUAUUGACUGAUGAGCGAGAGCGAAGAAGUAUAUCCCGUGGGCCAAACAAGAAAAUUGCCCUAAUGAGAUCUGCCACAAUGCCUAUCAUUCCGGGACUGAAGAGAGAAGUGAGCGAGGCUCCAUCGCUGUCCAGUAUACCUAGUGCCGAUUCACAAUCUCUCGAAGCAGCUAGAGGCGGCGUACUCAACUCAAAACGAUUCUCCAGACGAGAAGUCGAUCUCGGAAGUAUGUUACCAGAGAUGAAUGCAAAGGCAAAGAAGCAGGCGGUUAUCGACGCUGAGCUAAAGGAGGCGAUUUCAGCUUUAAAGAAGCCAAAUCGCGAGCUGGCAGGAAAGGCAUUAGCCGAGACAGCUGAGAAACGAUCCGUUAGCGCUCGAAAAUCGAAGAAGCCUGUCAGGAACCCCCUAUUUCAAGGAGUUCAAAUCUCAGCAACACCAAAGGCAAAUCGCCAGAGAGAUAUGUUUGCACAGCAGUCCCAGAUGUCGAGUCUGGAACGUAUGGUUGAAGAGGCAUCUAUGAUUCCCGCGUCAAGUAUCCCUCGAAUUCCUCAAUCGGUAUCUCGGUCAUCUGGUGGCUUCCAAAGCAAUCCGCUGUUUUCGGAUAUUCAGGCAACGCCAACGAGGAAAGCUGUGCCGGCUUUCCCUAAACGAUCAAUGUCAACAAUGGACCUUGGUGGCAUUCCUUCUUCACCAUUGCAUGUGCGCCGCUCAAGUGCACAGCUAUUCAACGCGGUGCCAGACUCGGCAGUAAAGAAUCUGUCCACUUCACUGUCCUAUGGCAUUGAAGAUACUCCUGUCAAGAGAAGGCCCGCAAGUAGCGUUGAGCAUAGCCAUCCAAUGAUGGCAAGCUUAGGAAGCGACAAGGAGAAUGAGCAGUUACGAAAGAAUGGUGGAGUAAGUGUUGGUGUAGGAGCAAGUCUAGAACUGAGUAAAGAGGACUCUAUUUACAAGAAACUAGGAUGGGAUGACAAUGAUGAUAUUGAUGACCUUGCAUGAGUUAUGAAAGGAGUUUGGGUCGGUGGGUAUUGCAUAGCAUAGCGACGGGCAUCGCUCUGGAUGGGCUUGGUUGGCUGGUUGGGUUGGUUGGGACUGGAUCGAAUAUUCUGCAUAGCGUUGGCGCUCGGAGAGUUUUUGUACAGAUUAUAGCAUUUGCAUUAACAUGCUAGAAACAAGGAUUACGCAUAAA